UCGUUAAAAACUCACCACCAGCGAAGAGAAUAUAAUUCCUUUCCUCUUCUCCAACGCGAUCCCGCCAAAGAAUAAUCCUCAACCGUCAUUGCUCCGUUCGACUGAUUAUUGGAAUUCAACAUCGGAAUCGUCGAGCCACUGUCGUAUUUUUUCGUUUCUCGAUGAAGAGACGACAUCGGAGUAACUAGUAACGAGGAGAUUUCAAGAUGCUUUGUGGCUCGCUGCGAAAUCGAGUACGUAAUUGGCUUCGCGACUAUGUUAGGCUCCAAUCCGUCGUCGUGAUCCUUAUCUACGCUCAGAUAGGAUGCGCGAUGGUUGGUUCACUAGGGGCGUUGUACAAUGGAGUCCUGCUGAUCAAUUUGGCGAUUGCGUUGUUUGCGCUUGUGGCAAUCGAGAGCAAUAGCCAGAGUCUUGGCCGCACCUAUGCCGUUCUUCUUUUCUGCGCCAUUCUUCUUGAUAUCUCAUGGCUCAUUCUCUUCUCCAGUGAGAUUUGGAACAUUUCAUCUGAGAUGUAUAAAGCCCUUUACAUCUUCUCCGUGAAACUCACAAUGGCUAUGGAAAUCGCUGGGUUCGUUGUGAGGCUGUCUUCCUCUCUGUUAUGGUUUCAGAUUUAUAGGCUGGGAGCUUCCAUUGUAGACACUUCUCUUCCCCGUCGAUCGGAUUCAGAUUCACAAAAUAGCUUCGUCGAUCCUCCUUGUUUAGGUAGCCAACGUUCACGUGAUCCUGAUCUACGAACUAGCCUGUUAGAGCCUUCUACUACAGCUGAGCAUCGUUCACGUUCUGAUGAUUUUUUGGAAGACUCUAUCAAUGGACCACGUUCUCAUGAAAUCUUGGAAGACUCUAUCGACGGACCAGCCUACCAGUUUCCUCCAUUUGAUGGUGGCCAAAACAAUCUCUCUUCACCCAAGGCAACACAUGUGAUGAAACAUCAUUCAGCUGAAAACAUUUUCGGAGGAUCCCAAUUAUCAGCUGCAGAAGCCUCUCGACAUAAGUCUCCACUAUCCAAAUCCUUGGAGUCCCUUGAUUCUAGUCUCCAUCGAUUCAAACGUUAAAUGACCGCUACCGGCUUGCACCAGCAACACAACUUUUGACUGGAGCAAACUCAUUCAACGAUCUAAGGGGACAUUAUAAUUGUUUACAAUUUGAGGAAUCCAGAUAGGAGAUUUAGAUAUUGGGUGACAAAGUAAGAACUGUCUUUUACUUGCCUUUUCAUCAUUCAUUUUUACUGUAUAGAAAUUGGGGUCGACAUAUUUGGACUCGGAAUGUACAUGAGCAUUCUUUUCUGUACAUAUGGAAACCUACAUUGUUUUGAGGGUGCAUUGGAGGAGGAUUAGUAAUAAAGAUCUCUCUUUUUCAUCCA